AUCGGGGAACCGCCACUGAGUGAGACAGCAUUUGGAUCCAGUCAGCAGCGGCCUUUAGACGUCCAGUUUAAAUAUUUCGACUUUUGGACUCUGGAAAGGACGCAGUAAGUGGUGUUCCUGAACAAAGAUGUUCUCUAAGAUUGUUCAACGCUGUGCCCUCCCUCUUCUACGUCAGAGAAAACUCCAAAAGACAGCAACAAUUACUGACGCCUCAAGAUGUCUCUCAAUGUCACACCCGAAACUUUCCGAGCCAAAACCAAGCAAAGAAGUCGCGCUUGCUGCGAUACAGGCACAUGUCAAAAAAGGAAUGGGCUCUGAAUCCACAGUCAAACUGUAUGACGACAUUGCGGGGAAUUAUGAAAGGUACUUGGACACCCUAGAGUACAGUGCGCCCACACAGUUAGCACGUAUUGUGACUCGUCUGGCUGGGGACAACCAAGAUAUCAAAAUCAUCGACGUCGGGGCGGGAUCGGGUCUCGGUGGCGUGGCGCUGGCAGGAGCUGGAUUCAAGAACAUCGACUGUCUAGACGCCUCCCAGGGUCUGCUGAAUAAAGCUAAAGAGAAAGGAGUUUACACCAACUUCUUUUGCCACUUUUUGGGGGAUCAGAGAUUGCCCAUUCCGGACAAAUCUUACGACAUGGUAACAAUCUGUGCCGCUAUGGGAGAAAAUCAUAUUCCGAAAUCCGGAUUCAAGGACAUUAUCCGAAUUGUUAAACCAGGCGGCUACGUGGUCAACGUUUUCCGAGAGGAGGCUCAGAGAGUGCCGUGGUACGAGGAGGGUCUGGUCCCCUUCAUGAAGCAGCUGGAGAAGGACGGAGUGUGGAAGGAGCUCGUGAGAGAGAUUUUCCCAAACUUCCUACCGGGGCUCGACGGCAUCACGCUGGUGCACGAAGUCUUGUAAAAUGACAUUCAUCAUCAUCCGGUGCCUUGCCGACUGGCAUGGGCGAUCAUGGACCUCCUUUCACUCUGCCAUUACGAAGAACUAAAGGAAAAACAUCAAACAAAACAAUACCUACACACUGAAUGAGUCAGUUAGCCUAAACGGACAGAAAGUGGGAUACUUACAUUAUUAAGAAAAUGUUUUAAAUGUUACAGCCUACUUAUAAAUUGUUAGUUGGUUGAGUUUUUAAAACCUAUCCUUACACCACUCCUAUGACGUGAAACAUGUGAUAAUGUGGUAAACUCACAUAAAUGUUAUAUUAUACACAUCAUUUAGUUUUGAAAACCUGACAAAAACAAAAUAAAGGAAAGACAUUUUAACUGAAACAAUUGAGACCAAAUUGAUAAAAAGUGGAAUCUGAGUGUCAACAAUUAUUUUACUGUGUAUCCUUAAUCACCGUUAUUUAAAAAAACAACGACCCCCACACGUUUCAAAUGGAUAGAAAGUUAAUUCUAGAUUUCAAUAAAUUUUUCUUUUCCUCUUGGUUAUUGGUGGUAAUUUUUUAAUACCGAUUCUUAACCAGAUCUUACCAAGUAGAAAUGUGAUCAUGCAAUAAUGUGAUAUUCCCUUGAAGUUAUUAAUUACAACACAUUUUGUUUUGAAAAUUGAACAAAAACCAAACGAACGCAAAACAGUUUAGCUGAGCCAAUUGUGUCCAAAGAGAUAGAAAAUGAAAUUAACAUACUAAUUAAUAUUGCGUUUUUUAUCGUUAAUGCUCGGCAUAUAAAAAAGAAAACCUCGAUUCCUACCCCAUCUCUACCAUGUGAAAAACAUGAUAAUCUGAUCAUCCUAGGAAAAUAAACACAUGUAUACAUAU